UGCGUGGCUCCCGGAGCGCGCAGUGCGGCGAUCUGCAGUGUGCUGUGUCCCUCGGACAGCGGAAAGAGCCAAAAAUGUCAGCUCGGUCAUGUGAUCAGCUGUGUCCAAUCACAGCUGAUCACAUCAGCGCCACCUGUCAGUGACCAUCAGUGCCAGCUCUCAGUGCUCAUCCAUGCCACCUGCCAGUGCCCAUCAGUGCCACAUCAGUGCACAUUUCAGUGCCCAUCAGUGCCACAUCAAUGCCAUAUAUCAGUGCCCAUCUGAGCUGCCUUUCAGUGUCACCCACCAGUGCCAGUCAGUGCCACCUAUCAAUGCCAGUCAGUGCCACCUAUCAGUGCUGUCAGUCAGUGCCUCCUAUCAGUGUGCAUCAGUGCCGCGUAUCAGUGCUCGUUAGUGAUGCCUAUCAGUGCCACCUAACAGUGCCAGUAGGUGCCACCUAUCAGUG